GUACAACGAAUGGGAGCUUUCAAAAUUCUGAGCAGAAAUCUCAUCAACCUACAUAUUCAGCUCCAUCAUUCACCUCAGAACCUUCCAAUUCCGGCCGGAAUUCUCCGUCAGGCAUUGCCGACCUCCAGCUCUUCCGAUGGCUUCAAUUCGUUCUCACAUCCAUGGCGAUACACUCAUUGCAGAACUCUCAUUUUGGAGUCACUUUCUUCUGAGCCUGUCCGGCUUCACCGACUUUCUGACUCCGAUUCUGUUUGGUUUAUCGAUGACAGGAAUUGUCGAGGUACAUUUAGACAGGCCUGAGGCAAAAAAUGCCAUUAGCAAGGAUAUGCUGAGGGGAUUGCGUCACGCCUUUGAAUCCAUUUAUAGUGAUCCAUCAGUCAAUGUUAUGAUGAUCUGCAGCUCUGUCCCAAAGGUGUUCUGUGCAGGUGCAGAUUUGAAGGAACGUAAGAAGAUGACAGCAUCAGAAGUUCACUCCUUUGUCACCUCACUGCGGUCUGCAUUCACAUUUUUAGAGGCACUUCCUAUUCCUACUAUUUCAGUUAUUGAAGGAGCAGCAUUGGGUGGUGGACUUGAAAUGGCUCUAGCAUGUGAUCUUCGGAUAUGUGGGGAAGAUGCCAAACUCAGUUUGCCAGAAACCGGACUGGCUAUAAUUCCUGGGGCAGGUGGGACUGCAAGGCUUCCUAGGCUGGUUGGUAAAUCAAUAGCAAAGGAACUUAUAUUCACUGGUCGUAAGGUCAGUGGUAGAGAUGCUCUAUCUAUAGGUCUUGUCAAUUACUGCGUCCCUGCUGGUGAAGCUUAUACAAAGGCAUUGGAAAUUGCCCAAGAGAUAAAUCAGAAGGGUCCACUAGCAAUAAAGAUGGCAAAGAAGGCGAUCGAUGAGGGGCUCAAGGGAGACCUGGAGUCAGCUAUGGAAAUAGAAGAUGAAUGUUACACAGAACUCUUAGAUACGAAAGACCGCUUGGAAGGAUUGGCAGCGUUUGCCGAGAAGCGCAAGCCAAGGUAUGGAGGAGAAUAGAUUGGUAACCAGUUGUUUGUUUCCUCAAUACAAUGUGGUUACCUCUAAUGUUCAUUUAACUUUCUGAAAUAUAAGAAUAAAUGCAAGGUUUUUAUGUAGCAUAGUAACCUGAAAUAAAAGGCUUCAGAAACUGUACCAAAUUCAUCUUAUUUAUCAGUGAUGCUAUAAUAAACAGCCUUGAAUGGCUUAGUGUUGCUCUU